ACUCCCUUCUCCCUUCCUAGAAACAGUAUCCACAGUGGACUCCGGGGCUCCUACAGACUUGGCACAGCUUCCUACAGUCUUGAAAUAGCCCCGUUGUUCUGUCAUGGCCAGUGGGCAGCUUGUGAACAAACUGCAAGAGGAAGUGAUCUGCCCCAUCUGCCUGGACAUUCUGCAGAAACCUGUCACCAUCGACUGUGGGCACAAUUUCUGCCUCAAAUGCAUCACUCAGAUUGGGGAAACAUCAUGUGGAUUUUUCAAAUGUCCCCUCUGCAAAACUUCCGUAAGGAAGAACGCAAUCAGGUUCAACUCACUGUUGUGGAAUCUGGUGGAGAAAAUCCAAGCUCUACAAGCCUCUGAGGUGCAGUCCAAAAGGAAAGAGGCUACAUGCCCGAGGCACCAGGAGAUGUUCCAUUAUUUCUGCGAGGAUGAUGGGAAGUUCCUCUGUUUUGUGUGUCGUGAAUCCAAGGACCACAAAUCCCAUAAUGUCAGCUUGAUCGAAGAAGCUGCCCAGAAUUAUCAGGGGCAGAUUCAAGAGCAGAUCCAAGUCUUGCAGCAAAAGGAGAAGGAGACAGUACAAGUGAAGGCACAAGGUGUACACAGGGUCGAUGUCUUCACGGACCAGGUAGAACAUGAGAAGCAAAGGAUCCUCACAGAAUUUGAACUCCUGCAUCAAGUCCUAGAGGAGGAGAAGAAUUUCCUGCUAUCACGGAUUUACUGGCUGGGUCAUGAGGGAACGGAAGCGGGGAAACGCUAUGUUGCCUCCACUGAGCCACAGUUGAAUGAUCUCAAGAAGCUCAUUGAUUCCCUGAAGACCAAGCAGAACAUGCCACCCAGGCAGCUGCUGGAGGAUAUCAAAGUCGUCCUGUGCAGAAGUGAAGAGUUUCAGUUUCUCAACCCAACCCCUGUUCCUCUGGAACUGGAGAAAAAACUCAGUGAAGCAAAAUCAAGACAUGACUCCAUCACAGGGAGCCUGAAAAAAUUCAAAGACCAACUCCAGGCUGAUAGGAAAAAAGAUGAAAACAGAUUCUUCAAAAGCAUGAAUAAAAAUGACAUGAAGAGCUGGGGCUUGUUACAGAAAAAUAAUCAUAAAAUGAACAAAACCUCAGAGCCCGGGUCAUCUUCUGCAGGCGGCAGAACUACAUCGGGGCCACCAAAUCACCACUCUUCAGCCCCAUCCCACUCCCUGUUUCGGGCCUCGUCUGCUGGGAAAGUCACUUUUCCAGUAUGUCUCCUGGCCUCUUAUGAUGAGAUUGCUGGUCAAGGAGCCAGCUCUCAGGAUACGAAGACAUUUGACGCUGCGCUGUCCGAGGAGCUCCAUGCGGCACUGAGUGAGUGGCUGACAGCGAUCCGGGCUUGGUUUUGUGACGUUCCUUCAAGCCAAGCCAGCUCAGAGAACACGGGGAGCAGUGGUGCUACACGGACUUCGGAGCACAGAGUGGCGCUGAUGGAAAAAGGAAGUCCCUGCAGCAGUCCCCGCACUCUUUAAGCAGCUGUUUACCGAAGGCACCAGUUCAGCCAGGAGUGAAAUCCAGAGACGAGCAACGCCAGCCUGGGUCACAGUCCAUCAAACCCCAUGAGCCCGACC